GCGGGGGAGGAAGGCUGAGGGAAGAGAGGGCACCCCUGGGCGUCAGGGUGCAUUGUGGGAAGGAGGCGGCAGCGUCUCGGGCGGGCGGGAGGUGCACCAGCGGCGGCGGCGGCGGUAAAUCCUCCCGGCCGCUCACAGCACUGUGGAGCCGCGUCCCCAGCCCGGCCUCGGACCGCGGCACCCCUCCUGGCCCUCGCGGCUUUCCGCCCGCCAGCCCCUCCCCCGCGCGCCGGCCCUACGGAGCCGGCCGGCCGGCCUGGCUCCCCUCCCCGGCCCCGACGGGCGGGCGGACUGCCCUGAGGAGGCGGGGAGGGGAGGGCUGGGCCGGCCGGCAGGCAGGCGACGAUGCCGAACUUCUGCGCUGCCCCCAACUGCACGCGGAAGAGCACGCAGUCCGACCUGGCCUUCUUCAGGUUCCCGCGGGACCCGGCUAGAUGCCAGAAGUGGGUGGAGAAUUGUAGGAGAGCAGACUUAGAAGAUAAAACACCUGAUCAGCUAAAUAAACAUUAUCGAUUAUGUGCCAAACAUUUUGAGACUUCUAUGAUCUGUAGAACUAGUCCUUAUAGGACAGUUCUUCGAGAUAAUGCAAUACCAACAAUAUUUGAUCUUACCAGUCAUUUGAACAACCCACAUAGUAGACACAGAAAACGAAUAAAAGAACUGAGUGAAGACGAAAUCAGGACACUGAAACAGAAAAAAAUUGAUGAAAUUUCUGAACAGGAACAAAAACAUAAAGAAACCAACAAUAGCAGUGCUCAGAAUCCCAGUGAAGAAGGGGGUGAAGGGCAAGAUGAGGACAUUUUACCUCUAACCCUUGAAGAGAAGGAAAACAAAGAAUACCUAAAAUCUCUAUUUGAAAUCUUGAUUCUUAUGGGAAAGCAAAAUAUACCUCUGGAUGGACAUGAAGCUGAUGAAAUCCCAGAAGGUCUCUUUACUCCAGAUAACUUUCAAGCACUGCUGGAGUGCCGGAUAAAUUCUGGUGAAGAGGUCCUGAGAAAACGCUUUGAAACAACAGCAGUUAACACAUUGUUUUGUUCAAAAACACAGCAGAGGCAGAUGCUAGAGAUCUGUGAGAGCUGUAUUCGAGAAGAAACUCUCAGGGAAGUGAGAGACUCACACUUCUUUUCCAUUAUCACUGAUGAUGUAGUGGACAUAGCAGGGGAAGAGCACCUACCUGUGUUGGUGAGGUUUGUUGAUGAAUCUCAUAACCUAAGAGAGGAAUUUGUAGGCUUCCUGCCUUACGAAGCUGAUGCAGAAAUUUUGGCUGUGAAAUUUCACACUAUGAUAACUGAGAAAUGGGGAUUAAAUAUGGAGUAUUGUCGUGGCCAGGCUUACAUUGUGUCUAGUGGAUUUUCUUCCAAAAUGAAAGUUGUUGCUUCUAGACUUUUAGAGAAAUAUCCCCAGGCUAUCUACACACUUUGCUCUUCCUGUGCCUUAAAUAUGUGGUUGGCAAAAUCAGUACCUGUUAUGGGAGUAUCUGUUGCAUUAGGAACAAUUGAGGAAGUUUGUUCUUUUUUCCAUCGAUCACCACAACUGCUUUUAGAACUUGACAAUGUAAUUUCUGUUCUUUUUCAGAACAGUAAAGAAAGGGGUAAAGAACUGAAGGAAAUCUGCCAUUCUCAGUGGACAGGCAGGCAUGAUGCUUUUGAAAUUUUAGUAGAACUCCUGCAAGCACUUGUUUUAUGUUUAGAUGGUAUAAAUAGUGACACAAAUAUUAGAUGGAAUAACUGUAUAGCUGGCCGAGCAUUUGUACUCUGCAGUGCAGUAACAGAUUUUGAUUUCAUUGUUACUAUUGUUGUUCUUAAAAACGUGCUAUCUUUUACAAGAGCCUUUGGGAAAAAUCUCCAGGGGCAAACCUCAGAUGUCUUCUUUGCAGCCGGUAGCUUGACUGCAGUAUUGCAUUCACUUAAUGAAGUGAUGGAAAAUAUUGAAGUUUAUCAUGAAUUUUGGUUUGAGGAAGCCACAAAUUUGGCAACCAAGCUUGAUAUUCAAAUGAAACUCCCUGGGAAAUUCCGCAGAGCUCACCAGGGUAACUUGGAAUCUCAGCUAACUUCUGAGAGUUACUAUAAGGAAACCCUAAGUGUCCCAACAGUGGAGCACAUUAUUCAGGAACUUAAAGAUAUAUUCUCAGAACAGCACCUGAAAGCUCUUAAAUGCUUAUCUCUGGUACCCUCAGUCAUGGGACAACUCAAAUUCAAUACAUCAGAGGAACACCAUGCUGAUAUGUAUAGAAGUGACUUACCCAAUCCUGACACGCUCUCAGCCGAGCUUCACUGUUGGAGAAUCAAAUGGAAACACAGGGGGAAAGAUAUAGAGCUUCCAUCCACUAUCUAUGAAGCCCUCCACCUGCCUGACAUCAAGUUUUUUCCUAAUGUGUAUGCAUUGCUAAAGGUCCUGUGUAUUCUUCCUGUGAUGAAGGUUGAAAAUGAGCGGUAUGAAAAUGGACGAAAACGUCUUAAAGCAUAUUUGAGGAACACUUUGACAGACCAAAGGUCGAGUAACUUGGCUUUGCUUAACAUAAAUUUUGAUAUAAAACACGACCUGGAUUUAAUGGUGGACACAUAUAUUAAACUUUAUACAAAUAAGUCAGAGCUUCCCACAGAGAAUUCAGAAACCAUGGAAAAUACCUAAGAGACUUUUAAAAAUAGAUUUUCUUAUAUUUUAUAUUUGGAAGAAAAGCUGUAAGGUGUAUGUAGGCCACUUAAUCACUAAAUAUCUUUGCCUAUAGGACUUCAUUGAAUACAUUAGCCAUUGAUAAUCUACCUGUUUAAAUGGCCCCUAUUUGAACUCUCCUGCUUUGAAGGCCUAUCUGUUCUUCCAGAAGAGAACACUGAAAGUGCUAUGUUUCCUUCUGUGUGAUCUCUGCUGGUGGCACUCUGGAAUUCUUUUAGUUAAGUCAUUUUAGACAUAGCAUUUAUUAUCACUGUGGAUCUCUACUUGUUGGGUGUUAUGAAUUCUUUGAAGAAAUAUAUUUUGAAGAGGUGUGGGAGGAAGAAAUACAUUUUAUAAAAUGUUAUAGUGAAGCCCACAGUUGACCUUUGACUAAUAGGAGUUUUAAGUAUGUUAAAAAUCUGUACUGGACAGUUAUAAGAAAUUACCGGAGAAAAGCUUGUGAGCUUGCCAAAAAAGGAUUUCAGUGUAGAUUCUGUCUUUCUGAAAUGAACUUAAGGAACAAAUGACAGUAAAAGUUUGAAUGGAGGAGGCUGCCAUUGUUCCACAUCUCAUUGUUGGCUGUUUACAUUCCUUUGUGGAGCCUACAUCUUCCUACGCUUUUUAGCAGGUAUAUGUUGAACACUUCUGUUUCAUGGUUAAGACAGAAUCAAAGGCCAUGAUUUGUCUGGUUGGUUUUUUUUUUUUU